AUACUAUAAAUCAAACUAUUAUAGGCAAACAUGGUUUAUGGUGACAAUGGUUUGUCAGUUCAACAUAAACGUCCUCGAGAGAAAAUUAAGGAAAAUGAGCAAGAAGAUAUGGAGUUUUGUUUAUUGCUUAUGAAGUUCUUUCUUAUACUUGUUGUUAUUUGUUAUUGUCAUAAGCAUAGGUAUAGAGGACUUCAAUUAUGUGAUCAAGAUGAAAGGACUUAUCAGAGCAAGAUAUGGAUUAGAUUAUUAGACAAUGAAAAAGUUUGCCUGCAUCAACUACAUGUUACUAAGCAAGCAUUUAAGAAAUUGUGUGAUGCUUUUGUGGAGAAAGGUGGACUAGUGGCCACAAGAUAUGUGACAAUUAAGGAAAUUGUGGCACUUUUCUUGCAUAUUCCUAUUCAUGACCUUAAAAAUAAUGAUAAGUGGAAAUGGUUCGAAGGAGCUCUUGGGGCACUUGAUGGAACCCUUAUUGAGAUCACUAUACCUGCUAGUGAGCAAGGAAAAUAUCAAGAUAGAAAAGGUAACUUGAGUACAAAUGUUUUGGGAGCUUGUGAUGCUAAUUUGAAGUUUACUUAUGUGCUGGCCGAUUGGGAAGGAUUAACAUCAGAUUCUCAUGUUUUACAUGAUGCUUUGACUAGAUGCAAUAGCUUAAAAGUUCCACAAAAUAAGUAUUAUUAAUUCAAGUUAAUUUUACUAUUUUUAACUUUUUAUAUAAAUUUGACUUUUGACAAUUUUGGUUCUCUUUUAUUAUUUUUUUAUGUAGAUAUGUAUUAUCUUGUGGAUUUCGACUACACAAAUGGUCAAGGAUUUUUGGCUUCUUAUAAAGGAACUAGAUAUCA